AUGACUGAAUAACUAAUGUUUAUUUUGCUAUACCAUCACCAUAUGUAUAUAAUAAUUUUAAUACAUUUAAUUAGACUAUUUAUUUAUUUGUAUACUAUAAUUUAAAUUUCAGAUGACAUAGAAGACUUUAAAUCCAAAACUCCACAUACCAAGUGUUCAGCAUAAAGCAGUAAUUGAAAAAUUUAUUGGUGGAGCAGUCUGACGGAGAGCGAUCGAUGGUUCAGUCCGUACAACAGGAACAGCAACGACAACAAGAAUAAUAAAAGUGUCGCCUUGUCGUCGCGGGACGGACGAUGAUCGAAGGCGGAGGUGGAGAAGAACAGCCGGACGGCAGUGGCGGCGGCGUCGGCGGACUGGACACGGCCGUCAAUUACAAGACGAGAAAGCGGCCGGCUGAUACGACGGCCACGGCAGUGUACACUAUAACCGGUGGCGAAGCGAACCAGCUCCAGGACUUACCGCUGUCGUGGUCGUCGCCGUGCGCUUGUUGCCCGCCACCCGUCGGAUGUGCCGUCGUACUGCAGGGAAACGGGCAGCAGAGGCGCAGGCCACGGACUUGGACGUGUGGUGGUGCGGCCGGAGGCGGUGGCGGCGUGUCGACUCUGACCAGGAGCAGGACGUUCACGAGCAACUACGAACGUGCCAUAUCGUCGCUGCUGUGGCAGCCGUACGAGUGCCGAUCGUCCAGCAAUUCGCUAAACGACGACGGCGACGUGGCCGUCUGGCUCAGCGCCACCGGCCGCUAUGAACCGCUGUCCAGCCGGUCGUCGCUCAGUCUGUCCACCAUACCCAGGUCGGCCGGUUCGUGUUCGUCGUCGGUGUGCCGUCUGCUGGACGACGGCGGAGACAAAACGCCUCCGCCGCCGUGCUGGUGUAGCGCGGAAACCGCGACCGUCCUCGGUGACCCACAUAACGACGAUAUGGCCCGGACGACAACCGGUUACCGCUGUCCGCCGCAUGGAUCGCUGCUUCAGCGUCGAGGCACCGCCGCCGACGCCGUCGAAGGGGGACGACCGGUGCUGCGUUCGCGUCUCGCCGCAGACGUUCAGUCAAACGUACAGCGUCCGACCUCGCGUAUCGUGCCGUCUCGUUGUGUCAGUGCGGGUGAUUGGUGUUGUGAUAACGGAGACGUCGAUGUCGACGACGACGACGACGACGACGAGGAUUACUAUUGCGUUUACGAGGACGAAAACCUCCACAGAGUGGAUAACGACGUCGACGUUCGCGAUGAUAACCGAGUGCGUGCUGUAGUGCUGAUGGACAACGGGAGCGGCUUGAUAACCGGCGGCGGGACGGUGGACGGCGGUAAGUCUCAGGCGGCAGUGGCCGCCGAGAGGACUUACGCGUCCACGGAAGCGCAGACUGACGAGACGGCGUGCUCGUCCGCUUACAGGGAACAGCGGCGGCGGGAACGACGGGAACGCCGGCUGCAACAGCAACGACGCGUCCACCCGCCGCCGCCGCCUCCGCCCGCGCUUUCGUCGUCGUCACUGCUGCCGCCGCCACCGCCACCGCUUCUGUUGCAGCAGCAGCAGCAGCAGUCCGGGAUCGCUGUGUCUGUCGACCCGGACAGGCUGCCCGACCUGUUGCUCAACUCGCACCUUCCACCGCCGCUGUACACAACCGUCGGCGGCGGCGUGUGCGACGUCGCCAUGGCCACCCGGGCGGCCAACAUGCAGGCGUCCCUGUUGCCCACCCCAUUCCAACACCCCCAUCAGCCGCCCGGGGCGCCCGUCGGCUCGGUCGUCAACACGCCCGGUGGAUUUCGCCUGCCGUUCGGCAUCAUACCGGCCAGGAGACGAAGGUCGUUACACUAUUGCAGUGAAGAAGACACACCCAAAUCGUGCUGCGGUCUAUUGACGUUACCAGACGCUACCAGUACGGUAUCCAUCAGGUGGUUCAUUGGUAUCGUGUUCAUUGCUGGGAUUUGUUCAGCACUCGUGGGCACUGUCUUGGGUGCUACCAGGGCUUCCGGUAGAGAACACCUCACGGUCGCCUUACUUAUGAUAGGUGUCGGUGUCAUUCUAGUGGCCAUCAGCGGUAUAGCGUGGCGCUUGACGGCCGGUCAAGAAGCGUCGUCGUGCGGAGCGGUGUUCGGGCUGGGCCGAUCGUUGGACGACGCGGCCGAAGCCAACAGGCGGUUCGUGCCCAGACUGCCGCCGUCCUACGGCCGUCCGCAUCAUCCCUACGCGGCAAUGAUGUAUCCCGAGUUCGAGUACAGAGCUCCGCCGCCGUCCUACCAGGCGUCCAUGCAAGAGUACCGACUGAGGCUGUUGCUGUUGGACAGACAGACGAACAUGCCGCCCGUCACUGCGUCGCCGCCGCCGACGUACAGGUCGCAACCCGGCACGCUGAUAAGAGGGCAAAACGUCUGUUGUCGCGGCGACCCAAGUGAACUGUACCUGUACCAACCGACGACGCUGCAGAUCAACCACCACCAGGCUGCCGACUACAGCGGCCCGCCAAGUUACCGGUCGCGGACCAGCACGCUUCGGCCUGGCUGCCACCUGAUGAUGGACCCGACGGCCGGGACAGUGGUCAUCGGAUCUACGGCGGUCGGCGGCCACCACAGCCGCAACUCGUCGCAACUGAGCGCGGCCAUGUCCGAGGCAGUGGGCGGCGGCGUGUUGACGGCCGCCCCUGUGGACAACAAGGUGCCGCCGCCUCCGAACACCGACGACGACGACGGAAGCGAAGGCGGUGGCCACGUCGGCAUCGUCGUCGGCGGUACAGUCGACGACAACGUUCGCAACAUCGCGGUCGUCGUGGACGAAAAGACCGCGGACCGCCAUCACAUCGGUUGCGGUCCGGUCACCAUCGUGCAGACCACGCCGGCCGCCAACCCUCCAGGCACGGUCAUCGUAACCGUGUCCAGUGCCAACAACGACACCACCAAUGUCCGGUGCCGGGACACCGAAAUGGAAAUCCUGGCGCAUCUGUGAAACGGACGUCCGGAUGGCGACGGGACGGAAACGGAGUAAUACUCGCGGUUUUUCGUCUCAACGCUGCUCACGUUUUUCGCUAUUAGUGCAACAAUAUAAUAAUAUUAUCGUUCACAUAAUAAUAAUAUUAUUAACACUAUUAAUUCGAACCGUUUGAGCAUGUUUUGUCCGAUAUUUUCAUAAGUAUAAUCUACAUACUUAUUUUGUUUUUAUUACUAUUGUAUUAUCGAAUUAUUAUAUUAUAUUCGAACUAUGUAUAUUAAAAUAUAAUGUUAUCGUGACUCUUUUUCGCCGCUGUCCUCGCAAAAUAAUAAAAACAUUGGUAUCUAUUGAAAAAAAAAAGAUUCGCGACUGCCACUAAACUUGGCAUAAACGAUUCUAGUAAUAAUUUAUUUCACGUUCGAGUGCGCGAACCCGUUUAGUUUUGCACACAAGCGUUUUCGCAAGUAAAAUAUAUUACCGGCAAGACUCGGUGUUUAUACAUAUUAUAACAUAUACAUAAUAUAUUAUAUACUACCUAUAUAUUUAUAAAUAUAUUUUUUUUUGACUGCUUCAAAGUAAUGUACACAAAUAAUUGUACAGAAAAUUCACUACUCCUAAUUGUAUGCCGCCGUUUUCUUGUGAUAAUAAAAGCACAUCAAAAUCCUUUCAAAACAAUCCACGACCACUGAUUUCUAAUUUUUUUUUAUUAACUGAUACCAUCUAUUUGCACGACAAUAAUAUACAUGUUUAUUGUUGUGCGUUUAAUAUUCUAUAUUCUUAUCGGCGAUGACUGCUAACUAAUAAGUUAUAUCGGACGUCCCUCCGUCGUGUUUAGGUAUAUUUGUUGUAAUAAAUAUUGUCUCAUCCCGCGAGUGUGUUCCGUAAUAUUAUUAUCAUUCAUUUUAAGUGUUUUAUCAAAUAUCGAUACACAAAUAAUAUAGUAGUCCCAAAGGGUAUUAUGUAUUUACAACUGUGUAUAAUACCACGAUUAUGUUCGAUUGUAAUUGUUUGUACUGCAGCUGCGCAGUGUAUCGUUUUCGGUUCCCGACACUCGCAACACUAUAAAAUAUUAUGUUAUCAUAAAUAUCGAAAUCACGAUCCCCUGGCAUUAUCCACAUUAAUGACUCUUUUAGUAUUUUAGAUGAUAUAUGGUCAAAAAGGCCAACCAUUAUAUCUUUUUUUUUUUUUUAAUCGUUUGGUCCGCUUUCAAUCUUAUAGUUAAUAGGAAUUUUUAUUGUAACCUACAUGAUGUUUAUAAAUUUUUUUUUUAAUUCUUUCGCGUCAUUAAACUCAAUAACGAGUGUGACUAAAUUAUUUACAAAACCACAAUAUUGUCAAAAAGUAUUGUGUUAUAUUACUAUUAUUAUUUUUUCUUGUAUAAAGUUACCUCAUAAAUAAUUAAAACUAUAUUUUAUAAAUACGAUUAUUGUUUUUAGUAGUAGUGCUGUGCUGUACAUAGUUAUUAUUUAUUGGUGUUCAUAUAUCAAAAAACAAAUCAGCUGUGCCCCAAAGUAUAUCAUAAUAUGGAAACCGUACAAGUGGAGUUAAGUUAAUAAUAAUAAAAAUAAGUACAUAAAAAGAGCUCAGAGAUAACUGAUAAAUGUGUAUUUUGCUGCAACCUUAGAUACUUGAAUAGACUUUUAUGAACUGUUGUUAAAUUAUUGCAUUAUAAAUAUUGUUAAGUAAUAUGUCAUGUUUUUGUUAACCAUAUACAUAGUGUUAAGGACUUGUGAAGAUGUUGGAUGUGAUGUAGGCACUAUAAGUUAUUGUAAAAAGAAUAUACAUAAUAUUAUGUAAUGAUUUAUGUGUAUAUUUGGUAUGAAAUUGUACAAAAUUAUUGUGAUUAUAGUGUAUGUAUAAAAAGUUUAAUAAAACGACAAUAUACAAUCAUUAGCAA